AUGAUUCCAAUCAUCAUUGGAUUGGGGGUCACUGUAGCCGCUUUAACGGUAAAAUCGGGAAUCAAUGCCUUUGCACGAUACAAACAUCUUACCCCGGUAGAAAUUGCUGGGUUCAACAAUAUCAAAAUCAACUUUAAUAGACCCGAUAGGAAUUUCAUGACAAAUAAAGGACUUGUCGAUCGUAACCUACUAGAAAAGUUGAAGCAGUACCCUGGUGGGUUUUUGCCCAAUAUGAAUGAAAAUGAGGCCUGUUUGAUUCUUGGCAUCUCAAACGACGAGAUCAUGAAACUCGAUACAAAGCUACUAAAGCAAAAACAUCGAAAGUGUAUUAUAUCAAAUCAUCCUGAUAGAGGAGGUAGUCUCUAUAUCGCCAUGAAAAUCAAUCGAGCAAAAGAGAUACUAGAAAAAAGUUACUUACUUAAACGAUAG